AUGGCUGACCAGGACCCUUCACCCGCAGACAUUGCCAAGCGUGACCUCGAGGAGAAGGAGCGCAAGGCUCGUGAAAUUGCUGAACAGGCUCAGCUCCCCUACAAGUGGACGCAGACUAUCCGCGAUGUCGACGUGUCCGCCCCAAUCCCCGCCAACAUCAAGGGUCGCGACAUGGAAGUCGUUCUGACCAAAACAAAGCUUAAGGUCGCUAUCAAGGGCCAAGCACCUAUCAUUGAGGUACUCCUCCAGUUGUAUCAGCUGUCCCUGCCCAAGAUCCGGCGACUUUCCUCACUCUAUCCUCGUCGACGAAUCAUCCUGGACCCUCGAGACAACCCCCACUCCCCUGGCAAAGAGGUGAACAUUCAUCUCGACAAAGUCAACAAGGUCGAGUGGUGGCCGCAUGUUGUGACCGGCGCGCCCAAGAUCGACGUCACUAAGAUCCAGCCGGAGAACUCCAGCCUCAGUGACCUCGACGGUGAGACGCGUGCCAUGGUUGAGAAGAUGAUGUACGAUCAACGACAGAAGGAAUCAGGCGGUAUGACUAGCGACGAACAGCGCAAGGCGGACCUGUUGAAGAAAUUCCAGGCUGACCAUCCUGAAAUGGAUUUCUCCAAUGCGAAAAUGGGCUAG